ACCGACCAAUCGCAUUGUGACCGAAUAAAAUGUUGUUCAAAUGUGAUUUGUUCGUUCUAUCUCGAUUUCUAACAUCUAACAUCGUGUGAUUAAUGGUAAUUCUACCUUUCUUUUGAUCAAAAAGACAAACAGCACAUUGUAGAAUUACCAUAAGACUUGAAGAAGAGAAACAAUCUAGGAUUCGCGGCGGUUCAAAAGAAAAAAAGUUCCAUAUACGUCUCUGAUCGCGCGUUCGGUUCGGACGCGCAUGCGCGAGAAACACUGCCAGUUUAGCAACAACUUUCAGUUUGAUCAGUUCGUUCUGAGAGCACGAAACGAUAGGAUUCAUUUGCGAUCGCGCAUCACGCGAAUCAUACGAUAAAGGCCAAUACUUUCCAUCUGGUUUCUCUUGAGAUAGAUAAAAAGGAUUCGCCUGAAGAGUCAUCGAGAGAGCGUUUAGUGGCUCGGUGAAAGGCGCGAGGAAUGAAGUAGAACGAGCUUAGAAAGUCGGACGUGCGCGAGCGAGCAGAGAGUCACGGGGGAGGGAGGAGCGGACGGAGCGGAGCAGAGCAAAGUGCGGGGCACAGUCAAGUGAGCACUGUGAGCAGGACACAGCUGUUACGUUACGUCGCGUCGUCGAGGAAAGAGGAGCAAGAGAAGGAUCGCGUCGACGUGAACGAACAAACGGACGAACGAACGAACGAACGAACGAACGAACGAACGGAAGCGGAAAGAGGACGACUUGACCGGUGCGGACGGAAGUCGGUGUCGAAGGUGCUAUACACCUGUAGCAUAGCCGCAGUACUCCAGUCGCGUAACGAUCCUCACACAACAGUUCGCACUUGACGAACGAAAACCGUCCUCGUGGCAACUUUCUUUUCCACUCUCUUCCCGCGCCUCGACGAUACCUAGUUCGGCCGCGAGCUAGGAUAAACGACCCUGGUCUUUAGAGUCGCAUUUCGUCACUUGUUACUCGCCGCCGUCUUUCUUCCCUUCGUUUCACAAUACACUAUAUUCAUACCAUCACUGAUCAGCGAUUUGAGACAGGUGUCUAUAGUAAACGUUCUGCUAUUGCUAGAGAGCGAGCGAAAGCCAGAAGACGAUUGUCUCUGAAUCUUGAAGGCACGACUCGAAAGAAAAAAAAUGUGGCAUCGCAAAAGCACCCAGAUGGAGGAAUGUGUUACAGAGGACGACAAGAAGGAACAGCGCCGGCAAAAGUAUAAUAACGACGACGACGACGAAGACGACGACGACGACGACGACGACGACGACGACGACGACGACGACGACGACGACGUUGUCGUUGGCGGUUGCAAAUACGAUGAGGACGAAGCGGGCAACGUCGAUUCCGGAUUUCUGUCAGGCGGCAAUCUGCAGUUCAGCGGCGAGAUUAGCGGCGAUUCGGGGUUGCUGCACUCGCAGGAGGAGUGGGAGCAGGGGGAGGGGGUGAAGCAGGAGAGACAGGUUACAGCGGCAUCCUCAUCAUCGUCGGCGGCGGCGAUCGCCGUUGAAGAAUCGCCAAUGAGGGCGAUCGACAGUGGCGUGGACCUCGAACUCACCGAGACUCUGAGCCAGCUCAGCCUGAAGCAGGUCAAACUGAACCCGCUCGCCGCUAAGGGCAAACUGAUCCAGACCGAGUCGACGACUCCCGAACUAUUACCCGUGACGCGGGAUAACAAAGAUGACACCAAGUCUACCGAGAAGCGUCAUCAGCUGGAUAGUGAUGAAGAACGCACAAUUAAUAACGAGGAACCCUGGCAAUUGUACUACACGCAAGACGACGAUGGUGACACGCAACUACACAUCGCGAUCGUGCAGGGCUUUAUGGAGGCUGCGUUUUGUUUAAUAAGGAUGGCUCCUGACCCGUGCCUAUUGGACAUCAUUAACUACGAUUGGCAAUCACCCUUGCACCUGGCUGUGUUAACGCACCAGCCGUUGAUCGUCAGGCGAUUGAUUUUAGCAGGCGCAGAUUUAUCUCUAAGGAAUUUCCAUGGAAAUACAGCCCUUCAUCUGGCCUGCAAAAAUGGAGAUCUUGCUUGCGCUAAAGCCCUCACGGAUCCGUUAUCCUCGAUGGAGAGGAACAAACUGAUGCCUGGACAAAUGAUACCCGCCUUACCUCAGAAUUUGGAGCAACGUAAUUACAGCGGUGAGAUGUGCCUGCACGUGGCUGCCACCAGUGGAUACGUGGAUCUGGUGCGACUUUUGUUGCGUUUAGGGGCCGACCUUAAGGCAAAAGAGGGUCUGGCGGGAUACACGGCACUUCAUCUCGCAGUGGAACAUCAGUACUGGCCGUUGUUUGAUUUUUUAUUGCCAGAAUGCCAGAACGCGUCGUGUCUGAACGAGCGAACGUAUGGCGGUAGAACGGCCUAUCAGUUGAGCCUGAAUGUCAACACCGAGUUCGCCAAGAAGACACGCAAAGAAUUAAUGCGAUACGGCGCGAUGCGGGAACCACUACCGGAAGACUCUGAUUCCGAGAACAGCGAAGACGAAGAAACGACAUCGUGGAUGGCGGAUUACUUGCCUGCCAUCGUCAAAACGCAAAAUGCGAUUGGAGUGACAGUCUAAAGUAUCCGUUGAUAUUUAUUGUAAUUUAUCGAUUAAUUUGACCGCUAGAUAAUUACCAAACGAAAAGAUAGAAUAUUGCGUGCACGAAAGAUGUAUCUCUCUUGAAUUACAUUAACGUAUCAAUAAUGUCAUUUUUAUAAUCGAAUUGGUAUAAUCAGAGACGCGAGUAAAAUUUGUCAAACACAAGACAGAGAUCAAAAUUAUAUAUCAAAAUUAUUUCUAUAUGUACAUUUGAUAAACAUAUUUUGAGCUUUA